CCGCACAUGUCAAAAUAGUAGAAACCUGUAAUACCAACUUCGCAAAUGUCAAAGAAAACCAACACAAUUUUAGUUCACCCGACGACCGCCCGCCGUCACAUCGGCCGGCGUCGUGUUUGCCGAUUUCCAACAACGCGGAAUCGAACUCUCUCUCCGCCGCCGCCGCCGCUUUUCCUUCCUCCUUCUCCCUAUGAGUCAAUCUCGUCGUCGUCGACGCGAUCUCGCCAGUCUGCGUCGAACCGUCGUCGAGUCGAGCUCGAGCCACCCGCCCCGGGCAUUCCCCUAUCGCACGACACGACACGACACCCAGCAUCCGAGAUUCGCGAGAACGAAGCGAUCGCACGAAUCGGGCUCGGCCCGGACCAGCCGCGCCGUUUGUUAUGCCAUUUGACGGCCCGCUGGGUCUCUCUCUGGCCCGGAUUCGACCCGAUGACCGGCCGUCGGGCGUGAUACCUUGGUGAUUUUUUCGGUUGAUUUCUUUCCGUUUCGCGACAGCGCUCGAUCUGAUCGGGGUGGAUUCCGUCGCGGCGUGAUGUGCCCGUGAGAGACCGCCAGGCCGGACGGUGUUGUUGGUGAAUCGAGCGGCAAAAUGGCGGACCUGGAGGCCGUGCUGGCCGAUGUCAGCUAUCUGAUGGCCAUGGAGAAGAGCAAGUGCACGCCGGCGGCGCGGGCAAGCAAGAAAAUGGUCCUGCCCGAUCCCAGCGUCAGGAGCGUGAUGCACAAGUAUUUGGAGAAAAAGAACGAAGUAAACUUCGACAAGAUCUUCCAUCAGACAUUAGGGUAUUUACUAUUUAAGGAUUUUUGCGAGAACGUUUCGGAAGAACCGGUACCUCAGCUUCGGUUUUACGAAGAAAUCAAAUCCUUCGAAAAGGUGGAAUGCCAGGAGGAGAGGUUGAAAUGCGCCAAGGACAUUUACGAUAACUUCAUCAUGAAGGAAUUGUUAUCGAGAGCUCACGAUUAUUCGAAGGAUUGUCUCCUGCACGUUCAGAAACACCUCACGAAAAACGAAGUGCCGGUCACGUUAUUCGAGCCUUAUAUAGAAGAAAUUUACACGCAUCUGAGGGAUGAACCAUUUAAAAAAUUUUUAGAAAGCGAUAAAUACACUAGGUUUUGCCAAUGGAAAAAUUUAGAAUUGAACAUACAAUUAACGAUGAACGACUUCAGCGUACACAGGAUAAUAGGCAGGGGCGGUUUCGGCGAAGUGUACGGAUGCCGGAAAGCGGAUACGGGAAAAAUGUACGCCAUGAAGUGCUUGGAUAAGAAACGGAUCAAAAUGAAGCAGGGCGAAACGUUGGCGCUCAACGAAAGGAUCAUGUUGUCUUUGGUCAGCACAGGUCAAGAUUGCCCUUUUAUAGUUUGCAUGACGUACGCUUUCCACACGCCCGAUAAACUCUGUUUUAUAUUGGACUUGAUGAACGGAGGCGAUUUGCAUUAUCACCUCAGCCAACAUGGAGUCUUUAAUGAGACUGAAAUGAGGUUUUACGCCGCUGAAGUUAUUUUAGGUUUAGAACAUAUGCAUAGACGUUACAUUGUAUAUAGAGAUUUAAAACCUGCAAAUAUUUUAUUAGACGAACACGGACACGUUCGAAUAUCUGAUUUAGGAUUAGCCUGUGAUUUUUCAAAGAAAAAACCCCAUGCUAGCGUAGGUACGCAUGGCUACAUGGCACCGGAAGUAUUAUCGAAAGGUACCCCGUACGAUUCGAGCGCCGAUUGGUUCAGUUUCGGUUGUAUGUUGUACAAAUUAUUGAAGGGCCAUUCGCCCUUUCGUCAGCACAAAACCAAAGAUAAACACGAAAUAGAUAGGAUGACAUUAACGAUGAACGUAGAAUUACCGGAAUCGUUUAGCAAAGAACUAAAAUCGCUACUGGAAGCUUUACUUCUAAGGGACAUUGAUAAAAGACUGGGAUGCAAAGGAAACGGAUCCGAAGAGGUGAAAGAACACCCGUUCUUCGCCGGCAUCGACUGGCAACAGGUCUACCUGCAGAAAUACACGCCUCCACUGAUACCGCCGCGGGGCGAGGUGAACGCCGCCGACGCCUUCGACAUCGGCUCCUUCGACGAGGAGGACACCAAAGGGAUCAAAUUGACCGAUUCCGAUCAGGAGUUGUACAAGAACUUUCCGUUGGUGAUAUCGGAACGGUGGCAGAACGAAGUGGCCGAGACCGUCUUCGAGACGGUCAACUUCGAGGCCGAUAAGCAGGAACACAAGAAAAAAGCCAAGCAGAAGAAACUCUACGAUUUGGACGAGAAGGAGACGGACUGCAUCUUACACGGGUACAUAAAGAAAUUAGGCGGGCCGUGGUCGUCGAGCUGGCAGAUGCGCUACGCCAAAUUGUACCCCAACCGGCUGGAAUUGCAUCCGGAUUCGGCCAAGCCGGACCUGGUUUUUAUGGAUCAAAUCGAAGAGGUCAGUCCGGACCUGGUUCAGGUCAAAAGCGAAAAUUGCAUCGUGGUCAGGCUGAGGGACGGCAAAGUCGUACUCACCAAUCCUGACGAAAUAGGCCUAAAGGAAUGGCUGACAUCGUUAAAAUCGGCCCACAAGGUGUCGCAGGAAUUGCUGGGAUCGAUGGCGAAAAAGGCCGGAAAAAUCUACGGGACGGAUUCGAACAAUCGUAAGGACAUUAUCAUAGCCCGCAACACUAACGGCAACUAACACCGACUUUUAGAAUAAACGAAUAUAUAAUUUUUUUUAAGAAAUAAAUAAAUAAAUGAACAAUUUUAACGAGAGAGAGAGAGAGAGAGAGAGAGAGGGAGAGACAAGCAUACAAAACAC